AUGACCAAUUUCACAUCACAGCUUCUCCCCAGUACUACCUUCGGGACGCUGGGUCGCUGGAUCUCAGGAGGGCGUCUGUUCCAGUUCCCAGAGGAGAAGCCCGGGUAUGUUCUUCCAGAAGGCUAUUCAUCGGUAAGUGUGUCACGAGAGUCAGUCCGAGAGACGCAGCAAGGAAUACCUAUCAAGGAUGAGCAUUCACUCGACACUGAAAGGACCACAGGUAUGAUGCUUGUAACAUGGUCUGAUACUGCGGACCCAGCAAAUCCACACUGCUGGCCAUGGUGGGUUAAGGCGAUGGUCUAUUUCCAAAUCAACUUCUAUACCCUCGUCGUGUAUAUGGCCUCCUCCAUUUUCUCUGCCGCUCAACCCGAGUUCGAAGCUAUAUAUGGGUUAUCCAAAGCGCAAGGCUCCCUUGGUCUAGGUCUCGUUCUUCUAGGAUAUGGACUGGGGGCUCUACUACUCAGCCCGCUCUCUGAAAUUCCUUCUAUCGGCCGAAAUCCGCCGUACACGAUAUCUCUAGCACUGUUCGUUCUCGUCAGUGGCCUUGCAGUGGCAGUCGAUAAUGCUGCGGGUUUCCUGGUGCUGCGGUUUCUUCAGGGCUUCUUUGGCUCGCCGUGUCUGGCUACCGGUGCAGCUUCACUGACGGAUAUGACCGAGAUGGUCAAUAUCCCGUAUGCAAUUUGGAUCUGGGGCACAUUUGCUGUUGCGGCGCCUGCGGUGGCGCCUUGCAUAGCCGGGUUCAGUAUCAUGGCGUGUGACUGGAGGUGGUCCACGUGGGUGGUUCUUUGGGGUGCAGCCCCGUGUUUGAUAUUCUUGUUGUUCCUCCCAGAGACAUCCGGCCCUGCCAUUUUACACGCUCGUGCUGCACGCCUUCGAGCCUUCAGUGGAAAUGAUUCCUUCAGGGCACCAUCCGAGAUGGACAGCAGCAGAUACUCUCUACAGACAAUCAUCAACAACGCCCUUAUAGUCCCGUGGAAGAUCAAUGCCCUGGACCCAGCCAUCCUCUUCACCACAAUAUACACAGCCCUCGUCUACGCCAUCUUCUACUCCUUCUUCGAGGUCUUCCCUCUCGUCUAUCAGCAAAUCUACCAUAUGGAUCUCGCCCAGAUGGGUCUCGUCUUCCUCGCCGCAAUCAUCGCAGCCCUGCUCAUUAUGCCGUUAUACUUCCUCUUCAUCCACCACGCCAUCGCCAACCCCAUGCGGAACAACACCUUCCCACCCCCAGAACGCCGUCUCAUCCCAGCUUUGUUUAUCUCCCCCUUCGUCCCAGCCGGAAUGUACCUCUUCGCCUGGACCUCCCGGGCCGAUAUCCACUGGACAGUCCCCACAGCCGGCUUCAUCCUCAUCAUGGCCGGCGUGGUCACACUAAUGCAGUGUAUGUUCGGGUACAUGGCCGUCGCGUACCCGCACUACGCGGCGAGCCUGUUUGCUAUGAAUGACUUUGCGCGCUCGACGCUGGCAUUUGCGGCGGUGUUGUGGUCGGGCCCGCUUUAUGCGCGGUUGGGGGUGGAGGGUGGGACGAGUCUUAUCGGGGGGUUGACUGUGCCGUGUGUUUUGGGGAUUUGGGUGCUGUAUUUUGUUGGGGAGAAGCUGAGGAAGAGGAGCCGGUUUGCGGGAUAA